AUGUCUUCAUAUCCGUUUCCAAAUCUGCCCUCUGAGUUUGCAGAAACCACCGACGACCUUGACAACCUGCAGCCCGGCACGCCCACCGGCUCAAGUCUCCUCUUCUCUCCGCCCAUGUUGCACAACACUGCAUCCUCGCCGGCCCUCAACAACGCAGACACCCCUGCCGAGUCUGUCGCCCUCAGUAUCCACUACCAGUCCAGUGACUACAGUGAGUUUGACGUAGAUAACGCGGGCGACGACAACUACUUCAACGCCAUCUUCGGCACCACUGGCGGCAACGCGCCCUCCUUCCUCGCCGAGGACGCGGGCAACUUCGACCCCUUUGGCGCUGCCACUGCUGCCGCCUCACUCGCAGACACCAACGCGCAGACAUAUACAACGCCCGAGCCCAUCUUCAAUGACAUCAAGGCGUACCCCAUCAGCCCCGAUCAGACACCAUCUCUCAACGCGCCCGCCUCCCCCAGCAACGCCGCCUCCUCGUCGGCUGCCGCGCAAAAGGCCACAUCCCGCAGCAUUGCCGCUGUACCGAGCUUUGACGGCCUUGUCUCGCCACAGCAACUCACCAAGGUCCCCGCAGCAACAGCAACAAGAACGACAGCCGUACCGCAGCUGCAAACGUUUGUCAGUGACGCCGCCACGCAGCUCACGCCAGAUACAACCAGCAGCGGAGGCAGCUUAGGAAACAACGAUCGAGGUAGUUUGUCCACUGAAGGGGGCGCCACCGCGACAACAGCGCCUCCCAUGUCAAAUCAAAACCCCCAUGUCACCGUCUCGCUCUGGGGCAAAGACAGCGCCCUCCACGAGGAGAGCUAUCUGUCUUCCAGCGAGAUCAAGACCGAGCGCGCCGGCUCUAACGCCGGCGACAGCCCUCUCCUCGCACAGGCCGAUGGGGCCGCGCAAUCUACCCGUCGUGGCAUCGACCCGUCAAAUCGCCCCUCGACCGAGAUCCUCACCAACAUCAACGACGAUGCCGAGGCACGAAAGGUGGAGAAGCAGAACGCCGCUGUCAGCCAAUGGCUCGACUCGGCUGCUGGCGGCGAGCCUGAUAUUCAGGGCCCGCCACCUGGCCCAGAAGGCGCCUUUGAGGGCGUGUCGACGCGCGAGGUCGAUCUCGGCGGCGAGACACAGAACGUCGAACAGCCAGGCCGGACAUACUUCACUGGCAACGGCGGGCCCGUCACCGCUACCGACUACGAGAUCAUGCUCAAGAGCAGCAUCUGGGAGAACGGUCCUUCUGUGCUGCCCAUUGCACAAGGCGCCGUCCGAAACCAGCCCGAAACGUCACAAGCCGCCAUUGAGCGUUUUGAGCGCAUGUACCACGACAACGCGUCCAUUGUGUCGCGAGCCGCCACGUGGGGCACCCGGCGGCGAAGCUUGCCCAGCAUCGCCGAUAUUGAGGGCGUCACGAGCGGCAACUUCCUGAAGAAGCUGGCCAUCAACCGUGGCGAACCAGCUCGUCGUCCCAGUAUUCUCGACAACCUGCGAACGCUUGUGCGCAAACCGAGCACCAGUCAGCAGCUGAAGCGGUCACGCGGCAUUCCAGAUGACGAUGCGUCGUCCUACUUUGCGGACCACAGCUCGCCCGCCGACGACAGUCGCCGCGACAGCACAAAAAGCACCAGCACACUUGGCCUUCCGCCGCGAACGCAGAGCUGGGGCAAGAGCAAGCAGCCAAUCCCCAGUAUCAACACAGCCCUUGUCUCCAUGGGCAGCAACAUGGCCUCUGUUGGCGCUACACACACCCGCAACGGAUCCAUUAGCAGGCCACAUGCCGGCUCCGGCAGCCUCAGCCCACCCCUGACAUCGCCUAAAAGCCCCUUGCUCAAGGUCGGCAACUCUCUACGGCGGCCCCGCAGCAAGUCUGACACCAAGGGAACGCUCGACAAUCCUCAUCCCAACCUGGUCCGCAUGCUCAAAAAGACUGGUGGUCCGCCCAUUGCGGCCCUGGCGACGGCCAACGCCACGCCCAUGUUCCAUGGACCCACGUCGGUCCCUGCCACCGGCGUCCCCACAUCUGCUGCCGCUCCCACUCCCGCCCCAGCCCCUGCCACCGCACCCACACCCAUCAAGAUCCCGGCCACCCGCGUUGCGGUGGCUGAUCCGGACGAUGAGGACGACGAAGACGACGAGGCUUUCGAUGAUGGUGAUCUGAAGGCUGAGUCCGACGAGCUGAUCGACAACAUUACGCCAGAUUUCAACGGCUUCCGUGAGCUGGUCUUGGGCCUCAACCCCAUGCUCGUCGACGUCAACACCUACUUGGUAGACCGCAUUGCUCACCAGCAGAUCGUGCGGUAUAAGGGUCUGCUCAACAGCCGGGUCAAGCAUUUAGGCCAAGUGAAGGGUCAGUUGUGCUCCAGCGGGCCACUGUGCAUCGCACAAGGCGGCGUGGCCGUUCUUAUCGACAGCAAGGGCGCGCCGCGCAGCAUUGAUCCUCUGUCUGCGACAUAUGACGGCGAGGACGCCGAUGAUGUCACAUCUCCCCUGGACGGUGCCAUCAACGCGGAGAGCUUCCCCAAGUACAUCCCUAUGCCACCAACGACCACCCUGCCAGCCGAAUUCGAGUGCCAACUUUGCUUCCAGAACAGACGUGUCCAGAAGCCUUCGGAUUGGACGAAGCACGUGCACGAAGACGUACAACCAUUCACAUGCACGUGGGACAGGUGCCGCGACCCCAAAAUCUUCAAGAGAAAAGCCGACUGGGUGCGCCACGAGAACGAGGGUCAUCGCCAUCUGGAGUGGUGGACAUGCGACGUGGAAGAGUGCCGGCAUACAUGCUACCGUCGCGAUAACUUUUUGCAGCACCUCGUUCGCGAGCACAAGUUCAACGAGCCCAAGCACAAGACCAAGGCUGCGAUCAAGAAGUCCGGCGCGCCUGACCCAACUUGGCAACGCGUGGAACAGUGCCAUGCCGAGACCACGGCGCGGCCCCAGGACGAACCCUGCCGCUUCUGCGCCAAAACAUUCCCCACCUGGAAGAAGCUGACGGUACACCUGGCCAAGCAUAUGGAGCAUAUCAGCUUACCGCUCCUGCGUCUCGUGGAGCGCAAGGAGGUGGAGGCAGACACGCUCAUCAGCCCUGUGCAAGAUCCGCCACCCCGGACCUUCGCACCAACCGUGGCAUAUCCCGCAACAGCCGAUGCUCACCAAGGUGAGCUCUCGCGUCUCUCGCCGAACAUGAUGGCGACGGGCCAGGUACCCGGUGCGGGCCUACACCACCACCACCUGGGCCAGCAGCUUGGUGGCUUUGGCCAGCCUAGCGCCCACGACCCCAACGCGUACAUGUACCCCGCUGUCACCCAGGUGCAGUAUCAGCAGCCAGCAUACUACGGCCAGACGCCACAGCAGUUCGUUGCUGCGGGUGUCCUUCCAUCGCAGAUGCAGAGCUUGGAUGCCGCAACUCUGGACAUGCAGCCCGGCUUUGCAGGUGCGCAGUCCUACGGCGGUCAACUCCCCGUCACAACUGGCGGCUACCUGGACCCGGCAGGCAACCAGUACAUUGCGGAUCCGGUUAGCAUGAUCGACUCGUCGGGAUUCUCGACGUUCUCCGAUGCCAACGCGCUCGGCCUGCAUGCGCCCAUUGCCGGUGGCCAGCUACAGUACGAUGCUUCAAUUGAUCCUUCCGUCGGCAGCGGCGAACACUAUACUCCUCAGGGCUCGGUGUCACCAUUCCAUCACUCACCGCACCAGCCACAAGGCCAGUUCUACGGCCAUUAG